CUUGAAAUGACCUUGACAUCACUUUUGGACUUUUUCAAUUUUUCCCUCUCAAACCUAAGUUCCUCGUCUAUUUGUUCUGAAAUUCGACGCGCGUCAGCCUCGUGUUGGAGCCGAAUAUGGCGAUCUGAGUCUGAUUCUUCUGGAGGAGGCCGUAUAGCAAGAGACAAGGGGUCAUCUUGACUACGAAUAGAAGAAGUUCGCAUCAUCGUGGUACAGAGGCAAGACUUCGCUAUUAAAGACUAGGCAGUCACAGCCUAUCGCGUCACACAGUCACAUUGUCACGCAUGUCUGUAACGCUUCAUACAAGCCACGGCGAGCUCAAGAUCGAGGUAUUCUGCGAGGCUGUCCCCAAAACGGCAGAGAACUUUCUGGCGCUGUGCGCUUCGAAUUACUAUGAUAAUUGCAUAUUUCACCGCAACAUCAAAGGGUUUAUGACCCAGACGGGCGAUCCUUCUGGCUCAGGAAAAGGUGGCCAAAGCAUAUGGGGAAAACCCUUCGAAGAUGAAUUGCGGUCCACGUUGAAGUUUAACAAUCGUGGUAUCGUUGCCAUGGCGAACUCCGGCCCCGACACAAACAAGUCGCAGUUCUUCAUAGCCUAUGCAAAACAGCCUCAUCUGGAUAACAAGUAUACGAUUUUCGGCAAGGUCAUUGAUGGUGCAGACUCCACACUGGAUGCCAUGGAACGCGUUCCUGUGAACAAUAAGAACAGACCGCUCUCCGAGAUCAAACUGACACAUGUAACCAUCCAUUCGAAUCCCAUUGCGGACGCUCUCUUAGUUCCACGCUGAUCCUAAAUGUGAACGUUUGAACCUUCUGUAUCAGUUUGAGUGCAAACUCCAAAAUCGUUAUAUCAGAUGAAUUUUCUUGAAUGCUACAGAACACCCCGGGAAUGCUAACGCUUGAUAAAACCAACCAGCUCUUUCUGCAGCUCCCUUUGCUGUCGCGCUUUUUCUAGGUCAUCCACGCUUCGCAGAUCAUAAACAAUAUCACGAGUUUUCCCGAAGUACACCUGUGGUGUGAUCAGGUCCCUGAAUGU